UCCCUGUGUUGUCACGUGACUUUUGUUGUUGUGGUGAAGACAAGAUGGCGCAUAAAGCGUUUGUACUUUUUUUUAUCUGUCUUUUUGUGUCAUUACUAUUGGGAUCGUGCAAUGGACAAGCUUACGUCCAACCGGAACAAGUGCAUAUAUCGGCUUCAGAUGACGUGACUGAGAUGGUCAUCACCUGGGUUACACUUGACCUUACGCCACACUCCGUUGUAGAAUACAACAAACAAGGAUAUCCAAAGUUUGAGCUACGAGCUAUAGGCACUGUCACUAAAUUUGUCAACGGUGGGAGCCUGAACAGAACAGAGUAUAUACAUAGAGUGACACUGAAAGAUUUAACCCCAACCCAGUCUUAUGUUUAUCACUGUGGGGGUCCUGAUGGCUGGAGCGAAGAGUUCAACUUCAAGGCCAGGCGUGAUGGUGUUGACUGGAGCCCCAGACUGGCCAUUUUUGGCGAUUUGGGAAACAAGAAUGCAAGGUCUCUCCCAUUUCUGCAGGAGGAGGUUCAAAAAGGGGACUAUGAUGCUAUCAUUCAUGUUGGGGACUUUGCAUACGACCUCUUUACUAAUAAUGGGACAUAUGGAGAUGAGUUCAUGCGUCAAAUACAGCCUAUUGCUGCAUUAGUUCCUUACAUGACCUGCCCUGGAAAUCAUGAGAGUGCUUACAACUUCUCUGAUUACAAAAAUCGAUUCUCCAUGCCUGGCAACACCAAUGGCAUGUAUUACAGCUGGAAUAUCGGUCCUGUACAUUUUAUCAGCAUCUCAACAGAGGUCUAUUUCUCGACCUACUAUGGAUAUGACCUAAUUGACUACCAGUAUGCCUGGCUUGAGAGGGAUUUAAAGGAGGCCACAUCCAAAGAGAACCGCACCCUUCGGCCGUGGAUCUUUGCCAUGGGUCAUCGUCCCAUGUACUGCUCCAACCUGGACCGUGACGACUGCACCAACCACCUGAGCAUAGUCAGGACAGGUAUACCAGAGAAAAACAAACCAGGAUUGGAAGAUCUGUUUUACGAAUAUGGUGUUGAUGUUUUGCUAUGGGCACAUGAACACUCCUAUGAAAGGCUUUGGCCCUUGUACAACAAACAAAUGUGUAAUGGGACAAAAGGAGCCUACAUCAACCCAUGCGCACCCGUCCAUAUUAUCACAGGAUCUGCUGGGUGCUCUGAAGACCAUGACAAAUUCAAGAAAGACUACGGACCAUGGACUGCUUUCCGCUCUGAGGACUACGGCUACACAAGAAUGACCAUCCACAACAAGACGCAUAUCUACUUCGACCAGUUCAGUGUUGACAAGGAAAAAGUGAUUGACAGCGCCUGGGUGAUCAAGGAUCGACACGAGUCCUACUCCAAGUCCUCCCAUUCCAUUCAAGACCUCUAGAGGAACAUCUACUUCCCCCAUAACCUCGUAGGGUGUAUUAGUCAAGUUUUUAUAGUCGCUAGCGCUUAUACAUGCUUAUGCAAAAUGGUAAGACACGCACUCAUAGAAAAGAAAAGCAUAGAAAAGCAGGGUGGCACAUGUAUCUCCUCCAGUAAUAUUGAGAAGCCCGUAAUUUUGAUCCUCUAAGCAGUGUUUUUCAAAUUUAUUUUCGUUAAAACCCUCCCACCAAUUUCCAUGACUCCGCUACGCCACAGAAAGAAGUCCUACUGAGUCGUAACUUUGCUGAGCACUAGAUCUUUUAAAUAUUACACAGUGUAUUUAAUUCUCUUCAGGUUGUAGGUAAGCAUAAAAUGCUCGAACAUUGGCCUGAAUAAAUUAAAUUAAUUGAAUAAAUGAAAGUAAAAUUAUUUAGAAAA